AUGUCCCUUCCCGAAGCCGCGCUCAAGUCGGGUGUGCUGCAGCUCGUCGUGCUCGUCCACGGCCUCGACUCACCCCUUGGCGGCCAUCGCGACAUGAGGCUGCUCGAGUCGCGCGUGCUGGUCCACCCGGGGUUCCGUGACUUCAAGGUCUUUGUUUCAACCGUCAAUAGCGGGAAAACCACCGACAGCAUCCACGUCGCUGGGAUUCGCUUGGCAGACGAGCUCGAGCGGUUUGUGCAUGCAUUGCCGGAAGUCAUCAAGACUGUUCGCCCUCCCUCGGCGGACUGCUCUCUCGGUAUGA